UGUGUUGGCCGAAUUCAAGCUAAUAGGUUAAACAAUUGGCAAGGCCUUUGCCAAAAAAUUUUGGUAUAAAAGCUGGUGGUGAAAGUUCACUCAGCAUCGAAAGCAUCUCAAGCAUCAUUCAAUCACUAAAUAUGCAGUCCAACAAAGUUUUCUUCCUGGUGUUCGGUGUCCUGGCCCUGAUGUUGGUGGCCAAUGUCUCCUCCGCUGCCAUUGACGACCAGGAUGUGAUCAGCGAUCGUCGGUACCGCUGGGAUUCCUCGGAGCAAGAGUCCGAUGAGGCGCCCAAGUACUUGGAGCAGGCUGAUGAUGUAGAAGAGGAUGACGAUCAGGACAGCGGUUCCGACGAGGAUGAUGUAUCCGAGGGCAGCGGAUCCGACGAGGAUGGCAGCUACUACUUGGUCUCCGAGUGGUACGAGCCCAUUGACGGCAAAUCCUGGGAAGACUUGGAAAACGACUCUGAUGAGAGCGACUCUGACGAAUCUUAAACAUUCUGUUUCCAACGUUCAUUAAUUGUUUUUAUAAUCAUUUAUUUUAUCCAUGUUGAAAA